AGGAAGCCAGCGCCGCCAGUGUGAGGCAGGUGCCCGACAUGGCGAGUGCGGUGCUGCCGAGCGGAUCCCAGUGCGCGGCGGCGGCGGCGGCGGCGCCUCCCGGGCUGCGGCUCCGGCUCCUGCUGUUGCUCCUCUCCGCCGCGGCACUCAUCCCCACAGGUGAUGGACAGAAUUUGUUUACAAAAGACGUGACAGUGAUCGAGGGAGAAGUCGCGACCAUCAGCUGCCAAGUCAAUAAGAGUGACGACUCUGUAAUUCAGCUCCUGAAUCCCAACAGGCAGACUAUCUAUUUCCGGGACUUCAGGCCUUUGAAGGACAGCAGGUUUCAGCUGUUGAAUUUCUCUAGCAGCGAACUCAAAGUGUCGUUGACAAAUGUCUCCGUUUCUGACGAAGGAAGAUACUUCUGCCAGCUCUACACUGACCCUCCCCAGGAAAGCUACACCACCAUCACAGUGCUGGUCCCGCCACGUAACCUGAUGAUCGAUAUCCAGAAGGACACCGCCGUGGAAGGGGAGGAGAUCGAAGUGAACUGCACCGCCAUGGCGAGCAAGCCAGCCACCACCAUCAGGUGGUUCAAAGGGAACAAGGAGCUCAAAGGAAAGUCGGAGGUGGAGGAGUGGUCCGACAUGUACACUGUGACAAGCCAGCUGAUGCUGAAGGUACACAAGGAGGACGACGGGGUCCCCCUGAUCUGUCAGGUGGAGCACCCCGCCGUGACCGGGAACCUGCAGACGCAGCGCUACCUAGAAGUGCAGUAUAAGCCUCAAGUGCAUAUUCAGAUGACUUACCCUCUCCAAGGCCUCACCCGGGAAGGGGACACGCUCGAGUUAACAUGUGAAGCCAUCGGGAAACCCCAGCCCGUGAUGGUGACAUGGGUGAGACUCGAUGAGGAGAUGCCUCAGCACGCCAUCCUGUCCGGGCCCAGCCUGGUCAUCAACAACCUCAACAAAACCGACAACGGCACAUACCGCUGUGAGGCGUCCAACGUGGUGGGCAAGGCCCACUCGGAUUACAUGCUGUAUGUAUACGAUCCCCCCACAACUCUCCCUCCUCCCACAACAACCACCAUCACCACCACCACCAUCCUCCCCAUCAUCACAGACACAACGGCGACGACAGAGCCAGCGGUUCACGGCCUUACUCAGUUGCCCAAUUCCGCAGAAGAACUGGACAGUGAGGACCCUGCAGAUUCCCGAGCCGGGGAGGAGGGCUCCAUCCGGGCUGUGGACCACGCCGUCAUCGGCGGCGUCGUGGCCGUGGUGGUAUUCGCCAUGCUGUGCUUGCUCAUCAUUCUGGGCCGUUACUUCGCCAGGCACAAAGGCACAUACUUCACUCACGAAGCGAAAGGAGCCGACGACGCCGCCGACGCAGACACGGCCAUCAUCAACGCAGAAGGAGGGCAGAGCAGCUCGGAGGAAAAGAAAGAGUACUUCAUCUAGACCGGCCUUUCUGUUCCCAUGAGGUGUCCAGCCGGCCCUAUUUAGAUGAUAAAGAGACAGUGAUAUUGGAACUUGCGAGAAAGUCUGUGUGUUUUUUCAUGGAUGGGUGGAAAGGCGUGAGACUGGGAAGGCUUGGGAUUUGCUGUGUAAAAACAAACAAACAAAAGAAAUGUUCUUGGAAAAGUACAUUCUGCUGUUCGACACCUCUCUUUAUUUUUUUGGUUGGUUUUCAUUUUUGUUUCCCUCCUCCCGAGUCAAUUUUGGAGUCUUGGCUUUAGUUUGGAUAAUUACAGACAAUUCUGUGCCUUGUUUUUUUUUUUCUGUUGUUGUUAUUGUUUGUUUCUUUGUUCAUUACAUCCCCUCCCCUCCCAUUUUUCCCUUCUUAGUGUGCAUUUAUUUUUUUCCCAAAAAUAUUUGGGAAUUUUUUUUUUCCUCCUCCUCCCCAGAUCUCCCGUUUUUGGAAUUUGCCUGCUGGGAUUCCUUAAAAACCUUUGCCCCAUUAUUAUUUUAUUUUAUUUUAACUCUUGUUUGUUUUUGAAGUAACUGCUUUCUGUUCAAAAUUCAGUUUCCUUUAAAAGAAAAAAAAAAAAAAAGGAGAACCAGCACAGUUUAGAUCUCCUAGUUCAGAAUUUAGUGUAUUCAUAAUGCAUUCUUCUCUGUUGUCGUCAAGAUUUGGGUGAACUAUGAGAAUUCUCCGCUACGACCCAUGUUUCGAAUACUUUAGAGUGGCGGAGACUAGAAACUUAGACUGUGAUUCCGAAACUGUUCUGUUUGCUGUGGAACUACAUUACUGUACAGGGUUAUCCGCAAGUGAGGUGUGUCCCAAUGAGGGUGAAUCUGUCUUUAAUUCUGUAUCUGUAGACGGCUCAGUAUAGAUACCCCACACUGGCUAUGGAAAGGUCUGGGUGGAGGGGCGCCUCCUUUUUUCUAAUGCCCUAAGCAGACCCCACCGGCGAGGUCUGUUCCUUUUAUAUAAGUGGACACUUGUGAGUUUGCCACAGGAGGGCAAGUAGGGAGGGGGGGAAACGCAAGUUCUGCUCUGGUUAUUUCGGUUCCAAACGUUUCCAUCCACCUUUCCCAAUCGGCCUUACUUCUCACUGAUCGGUAGGAAAAAAAAAAAAAAAAAGCAAGUCCGUGUGGUGUGCGAAUGAAUGGGACAGGUUUUUGGGUUCUUUUCCCCCCUUUACGCUUAGUUAGGAAGGCAGUUAAGACGUGGCCUGCAUGUACUGUAUAUUACAGAUAUUUGUCAUGCUGAGAGUUCCAACUCGAAUCCAUGUGAAACUUUCGUUUCUUUCGAUUUGGCUUGACAAAGGCAGGAGGCACCAAAAAUACAUAAAUAAGUAAAUAAAUAACCAAAACGGGGCUGGGAUUGCUCUCCCGCUCUCCUGCUGGCCAUCUCCGUUCUGGAAAGUUCGGAGCAGAGGUGGGAAAACAGCACGUAGGGAUUUUCAGUUACUUAAUCAAAAGUCCAAUGUGCGUGUUUUUAUCUUUUUACCUUUCAUACACUAGCCUUGGCCUCUUUCCUGAGCCUUAAGAGCCAUCUGCCAAAUCCAUGACCGACUCUCCUGACGCAGCCAUAGUGCAGAGACGCUCAAGCCAGCCCCCUCGACGGGGGUCUGGGCUGGAGCCCCAGGAAGAGGUGAAGGAGUCGAGCGACCCUUGAUUGAUUGGCCCGGAGUUUUAGGUUUGGUUUGGUUUGGUUUUGGUUUUUUGGUGUUGUUGUUUUGUUUUGUUUUUUUUUAAAGUGGAGAUUUUCACAAACAUCUCGAAAAUCUAGAAGUAGUCCUCAAGGACAAAACCCGAACUUACCGUAUGUUUUGGUAGGACUCCAGACUCCAGGAUAUGGUCCUGAUGGAAAGAUGGCAUCAAAAAAAAAAAAAAACCUCUCUAUAUAAAUAUAUAUUAUAUAGCAUUUUCAGUGAGUGCUUUUGGAUUUUGCAAGGUGCAUUUUUACUCUUGUUACAUUAUGUGGAAAACUUUGACUGAUUUAUUUAAGGGGAAAACAAGUGUCAACUCUCUGUUCUUGGAAAGCGUGUUUCUUUUCCUUGUCUUUCCUUUUUUUAUCCUUUGAUAGAUCCAUUGCAAUAUGGGGGGCCUUUUGGGAACGGACUGGUCUGUAAAAGAAAAAUCCAUAACCAGCAGCUUUUUGGUCUUCCCUUUCUCCCCCGCCUCUCCCCCAAGCACUUACCCAAGACUAAAAGCCACAAGGAACGUCCCUUUUUCGAUGACUUUUGUACCGUGUAGCUGUACUCCGAGCCCUUAGCUCCCACCCCAAGCAUAGUAUGACCGUGUCAAAGGGUGACAACCAUUGAGCAUGUCGUUGGCAGGUUUUUUUCUGUCGUCGUUGUUUUUGUUAUUAGGAAGAUACAAAGAUGCCCCCUCCCGUUGCUCCCCGAAUUGGCAUCUCAUCGUUGGCCCCCACCUUUCCGUUUUUGCUACGUGUGCAGUAGAUACCGUGUCCCUGACGUAACUGUGGCUUACAAUGUUGACAUGUCUCAGGUCCCUGUGUUUUCGAUUGGUGUUUUCCGUCUCAGGUAGAUUGCAAAGUGUAGGCCCCACGCAUUGGAAAAAUAAUAAUAAUAAAACCAAGCAAAAAACAGGAAAUUAUGGAUUUUAGUUGUAUAUUGGUUUAUGUAUUUUUUCUUACGUAUACAGUGCACUGUUUGAAAUGUAUUGUUGAGUAUUACUUUGUACAGGUUGAUCACUUUUUUUAGAGUGAAGAAAGAACAAACUUGGUUUUCUUUUUUGUGUUUUUUAAAAGGAAUAUAAAAUAAUGAAGGAUGUAUAAUUGAUGCCAAAUAAGCUUGUUCUUUAGUCACACCGACCGUCUUCUUUUUCCCUUUAGGCCAGUUCUGUUUUUAAAGGUGUACAUGGACAAUGUGACGGUGUAAGAAACUCCAUAUUCCAUAUGCUCCCAUCCGCAUUUUGUAUUGGUUCAUGUAUACCAUUUUUACAAAAAGAAAAGAAAAAAAAAAGAAGUACUAUAAAAUAUCUGUCUUCUUAAUAAAAAAAAAUUAAUGUUACAAUGUGA